GGAUAAACUCAUUUUCUGUAUUUCCCUUUGUCUCUCUUUUUUUACCCUUCAUUUUUCGAUUUAUACGAUCCUUUCCUAUUUUCAGCCUUUUAAAACAUAUUACCAUUCCCAUUGGUUUGACACACUUUAAAGCGUUAUGCUGUAUUUUACAGCGCCAACUCUAGAUUGUGAUGAUCCUGCGGUUCUGUUAAGUGUCUUCAAUUCUACAAGUGAAGCAGCAAAAGAAGAAUGUCUUGUAGAAGAAUGGAAACGCUAUGCAGCUCGUUAUUACUUUGCAGGAUGCAUCAUCAAUGCUUUUCUAAUCAUCGCAUCUACACUUUUGUUUAUCUAUUGUGCAACAGCGCCGCCCAUUGCAACCGGCUGUAUGAAUUUUACGUCAAAAUCGGAUAUGAGACGAUUGCGGCAAGCUGCUAAACAACAGUCUCUAGGAAAACGAUCAAUUGCAGCCACAACGUUAGGUGCUUUAGGACAUCUUAUACUCAGCACCAGCCUUUUUCUUAAUUUAUGUUUUGACGACGACAUUGGCUGCCAAUUAUCAUUGUGGGGCGUACUGUUAGGAUUUUAUACAUGGUUAGUUGCCAUCGCUAUCCGAGCCUACCGACUGAAAUUCUUAUACAAACUCAAUCGCUUACGAGUCAAAUACCUUCGUAUGACUCGAGCAGAACGACUCGCUUACGUCAGUGACAAUGAUUACCAAUGGUAUAUAAAGAAUAGCCGACAAAAAAAGUUCAAACUGCUGAUACCAUACGUUUUGUUCGGGCUCUCUAUCUGUAUUAUGCUUAUUAUUACUAUUCCUACGGAAAUAGCUUCUAUGAAGGCUAAUGAUGGAUGUUAUUUUGCUUGGGGUUCAAUCACUAUGAUCUGUCUGUAUGCAUUCUAUAUCUGUGUUAUGGUCCCUGUGAUGUUAUGGACAUUGAGACAUGUUUCUGAUGCACAUGGUAUCCGGAAAGAGAUAUGGGCUGAUGCUGUGGUGAGCAUACCUUUUUUUACUGUCUACGCCGUUCGACUCUCUUUAACUGGUUACGGUCAUUGGUCGUUGGUAUUUGAUACCCUGAGGGUGGCUGGUCCUGGCCUUUUUUCUGUAUUCUUUACCAUGGUUGCUCAUUUUAUAUCUGUAGUCGUACCUGUUAUUGAAUAUUUUAUUCCUAUUGAGCAAAACAAGUAUUAUAAUCGGCUGAAAGCAAUGCUAUUGAAAUAUAUUUGCUGUGUAAAAAAGAGGAAAUUGUCGAAUUGCUCUCAUAUCACAACAGCAAAUUUUCAAGAGCAACCACAGCAACAGCAACCGCUUGAACAACAAGCAAUUAUACCCGAAUUAUCAAUUGAUUCAUUAGAACUUGUAUUAGCAGACCAUGAGAUGAUGGAGCAAUUGCAGGUUUUGGCUAUCGAAGAUUUCAGUUCUGAAAAUGUAGUAUUUUAUGAAAAUUAUCUCACCUUACAAGAAAUGGUGAAGAAUCGGAUAUUUUUGAACCAACCUUUAGAGCAAACAAGUUUUGGACCACGAAAAUUGAUUAAUGCAUUGACUCCAACUACAAUACCCUUUAAAAACAACAAUAGCAGCAAUGUAGAAGAUGCAGAAAAGGCUUUGAAGACUACAACAUCCGCCACCGUCAAGGAAAGAGGGUUUAGCCUGGCCGAAUUUCUAUCUUACCCUGUACCUUAUGAUACAUACCCGUUGCUCGUUAGGUUUUAUGAGAGUUUCAUACGUGAUGGAGCAGCAGAUCAGGUCAAUAUUUCUCACAGAGCACGGCGGAAAAUAGACGAUGCCUUCUGUGUCGUGUAUGAAGAAUACCCAGAAUUAAGAGAGUUCAAUAAUGUUCCUCAUUUGUCUCGCCGUACCAGUAGCUCACCUAAAAUUCGUAUGACCAGUAGCUGUACUAGUAGCAGUAAACUUCGUCAGCACUCAGUCAUCAACAGGUCCACUAUUUAUUUUGAUCAGCACGAUACCACAGAUGAAGACGUCAAAGCAAACAGUAAUAACGACAACAAUAUCAUCCUGAAUUUGAAUAUUUUUGAGGCGGCUCGAGUAGAAGUUUGCUGGAACAUCUUUAAUAGCAUAUAUCCCAAAUUUGUAGAAAUGUAUAAAGAAUCUAAUGUAACCAUUUAAUCUACACUUUUUUUUAGACUUAAUAAACAUUGAUAACAGCAU